CACUUCAACGCUGAGGUGGAAGGAGCGAGAAGCUGUCGCCCGACUCGCCGUAGAAGCUCAACCCGGACCUGGGCGCUGCUCCACGGGCAGCUCUCCGCACUCAGCUCCGGAGCAGAGCGGGGUGUCGUCGGUGGUGCAGCCGCGCAAAGAGCCGCUGUGUGAUGUCGGAGCGGAGCCGGUAAAACCAGGGACGAACCGGCUCCUCUUACAGUGAUGGAUGCAGAGAGUGGGGAGCUGUUUCCCAGCGAUGGCGGCGGCUGCGUGGCGGCAGACAGCUGGCAGCUCCAUGCUCCGUUUUCCUGCUCCGAGCUGGUCUUCCACAACUCGGAGAAACCCCUGCAGGACUGGGUGGUGGACCCCGACUGCGCGAAUCAUGACAGCGAAUCGGAGGACAUGCUCCACGGCGUGGACCCGAACGAGGUGUUCCCCAGCACAGCGCCCGCAGACCUGUCGUCUGAGAGCGACAGUGGCAUCUCUGAGGAUCCUGUCAUGGAGAAUCCUGUCAACGUGGUGACACAGGUGACCGCGGCGGCCGUCCAGCCGGCGGCGGUGUACCAGGUGGUUUAUGACAUUAGCGGACUGCGAAGUGUGAAGGCGGAGCCUGGACAUGAGAAUGUCAUCUCCAUCGAGCUCGACGAGUGGAGCUCUCAGAUGUUGUUUUCAGACUCGUGUAUCGUUAACGAGUUGCCGGUGGUGGCUGCGGCUCGUCUGGACGGUGGUCUGCCCAUCAUCAGUCCUUCCAGCUCUGACGACUCUCUGUUGGCCCCAGAGCUUCAGCUGACGGAGGAGGAACAGAAGCUGCUGACUCAGGAGGGAAUUUCUCUGCCCAACAACCUUCCACUCACCAAGGCCGAAGAGCGAAUUCUGAAGAAAGUUCGGAGGAAAAUCCGUAACAAGCAGUCGGCUCAGGACAGCCGGCGCAGGAGGAAGGAGUACAUUGACGGGCUGGAGAGCAGGGCUGCAGCUUGCUCCGCACAGAAUAAGGAGCUGCAGAGGACGGUGGAGCAGCUGGAGAAACGUAACACGUCUCUGCUGACUCAGCUGCGACAGCUUCAGUCUCUGAUCAAACAGACGGUCAGUAAAGGAGCCCAGACCAGCACGUGUUUACUGAUCAUCCUGGUCUCUCUGGGUCUGAUCAUCAUGCCCAGUUUCAGUCCGUUCCGCCGAGUCGGUAUCUCGGAUGACGACGACUACAGGCCCAUCGGAGUUAUUUCCAGAAACAUCCUGACAGACCCCGCCUCCUCACAGCCGACUGAAGACCAGGUCGGGAGCGCGGCCGCGCGGCCGGACUCGUCUCCGCCCUCGUCAUCUCUGCCUCCUUCUCUCAGCCAAUCAGGAGAAGGAGGAACAGAAGUCGUUAGUGUUGCUGCUGCCGUCGACCCUAAAGAACCAAUAGAAACCCUGGAAAUGUCGAGCGUGGAGGUUUCAGUUCGGGACGGAAACGUCUCGGCUGCCGUGAGCGUUCAGACUGAAGCGGCGGGAAAACUCAGCCAUGACGUGUCGGUCAAACCGGCGCACGCUGACGAGAUGUAGACGAACUGUGGACGCCGCGGUCUGUUACGUCCUCACCAAAGCUCUAUUGCAACUUUUUUUCUUCAUUCAUUCUGCACUGGAGCAAUGCAUGAUGGUACUAUUUAUUCUUACGGAAAAAACGUCAUUUUGGGAGAAAUUAAACGCGACUUUUUGGGAAACGUGUCUCAGAGUCGAAACGGCAAACUCGCAAAUUUGGGGAAAGUUUUAUAAUCAUUGUCGUGGUGUUUGUGUGUACACAGCGUUACAGCGCCACACACAGGUCUGGCACAGGUACUGCAGCGCUCCGUGUAUAUGAAGUCAUUUCUGGAAAUGUUUUAUGAAGGAAAAACAAAGUUCUGUUUCUGUGCAGAAACCAUUUCUGCACAAUGCAUGCUGGGAUACCGUGUGUCCGCUGCAUGUGCUGCAACACUUUCUCUGCUUUGUUUUCAUGUAGCCAGGUGAUGGUUGUCGUGUGUUACAUUGAAUUAGCGCUCAGUUUCUAACGGUUUAGUUUUUUAUAGGCAAUGUUGAAGAAAAGGAACUAAAGUGGAUUAGAUGUUUAAUUUAUUAUUAUAAUAAUUACAUUAAUUUACAUCAAGGAUAAAAGGAGGGGGUUUCAUAUAACUUUAAUUCACCUUUGUCUAUUUUUAAUAAAUGGGAAAAUAAUUGAAAUUAUUAUCUGAUUUAUUACUGGUUCAUGUGCUUUAAAGCAACAGUGGAAGGUUGUUUUUUUGAAGAUUCAAUAAAUGAGAUUGUGACAUAGAAACUGAAGUUUGUAAACCACUAACUCUCCCUCACCAAAGUCCAGAUAGAAAAUCAGUGAUUUUCGCUCACAGGGACACAGGACCUGGCCUCUGCUGCCUCGUGUGGUCACUGUGUCACUGAGGAAAAUCUGAACAAAGGGGGAGUGAGUGAGUGUUUUACAAACUUCAGUUUCUGGUUGGAAAAGUCUGUCUCAAAGUGAGAUAAAGACGUGAACAUGUUCUGUAGAUAUUAUAGACUAUUGCAGAUUCCAGCAGGGGGCGCUCAAAGCACAGACAGAGUAUCAGAACCUCAUUCAACCACACUUCAGAAAACCUGAACUAUCCCUUUAAACAAAUCCGAGUCUAAUUUAUCCUCUGCUUCUCUGUGUUCAUCCUUUCAUCUCAAUUAAAACAAAGUUAAGUUAAUAUUUAUUUUUAUUAUGAUUGUAGCCAAUAAUCAAAAAUAACUGACUCAUCAUUCUGAAAUUAAAUGCAGUAAUUGUGACACAUUUGACCUUUUUUCAUGUAAAUGUCUCUUUAGUACGAAUAAACGCUGUAUUUUGCUUUUA